AUGGAUGUGAAGCACAUCAAAGAUUACCUGUCCUGGCUGUACUACCAGUAUCUGCUCAUAACCUGCAGCUAUGUCCUAGAACCCUGGGAAAAGUCCAUCUUCAACACCAUCUUACUGACGGCCAUCGCCAUGGUAAUAUACAGUUCCUACGUCUUCAUUCCCAUCCAUGUUCGUCUGGCUAUGGAAUUUUUCUCUGGGAUCUUUGGAGGGCAGCAUGAAAGUACUGUGGCCUUGAUGAGCUGA